GUCGAGCCCCGAACGCGAAGUGAAGCGCAUUGAACCCACAAGAACCGAGAUAAUCAAGCCGAGAGAGAAAAAAUCAUCAGUAACAUCCUAUCAGCCAUGGCGAGUCUGCGGCUAUACAUCGGACUAUUCCUAGGCCUAGCUAUCGCCUUGGAGACGGUCCUUGGAACCCCAGUGAUCACCCACAUCAGCAAGGACGUGGUGGCCAGUGUGAACGACACCGUGGAGUUCACCUGCACCGUGGAAGAGGUGGGCCAGCUGUCGGUCAGUUGGGCCAAGCGACCCAGCGAGUCGGACACCAACUCGGUGGUGCUCUCCAUGCGAAACAUCCUCAGUCUGCCCGACCAGCGCUAUAAUGUCACGGUGACCGAAGGACCCAAGGCCGGAAGUGCCACCUACACUUUCCGCAUCCAGAAGAUCGAGGUCAGCGACAUGGGUCCCUACGAGUGCCAGGUGCUCGUCUCGGCCACGGAGAAGGUGACCAAGAAGCUGAGCCUGCAGAUCAAGACGCCGCCGGUGAUUGCGGAGAACACCCCGAAGAGCACCGUGGUGACGGAGGGCCAGAAUCUGGAGCUGACCUGCCACGCCAACGGCUUCCCCAAGCCCACGAUCUCCUGGGCCCGCGAACACAACGCCGUGAUGCCGGCCGGAGGUCAUCUGCUGGCCGAGCCCACUCUGCGGAUUCGCACAGUGCAUCGGAUGGAUCGCGGAGGCUACUACUGCAUCGCCCAGAACGGAGAGGGUCAGCCGGACAAGAGGUUGAUCAGGGUGGAGGUGGAGUUCCGGCCACAGAUUGCCGUCCAGAGGCCCAAGGUCGCCCAGAUGGUGUCCCACUCCGCGGAGCUGGAGUGCUCCGUGCAGGGCUACCCGGCACCCACUGUGGUCUGGCACCGGAACGGAGGACCCGUGCAGUCCAGUCGGCACCACGAGGUGGCCAACACGGCCUCCUCCUCGGGAACCACCACCUCUGUGCUGCGGAUCGAGAGCGUGGCGGAGGAGGACUUCGGGGACUACUACUGCAACGCCACCAACAAGCUGGGCCACGCCGAUGCCCGACUGCAUCUCUUCCAGACCGUCAUCCCAGUGCCCUCCUUGUCGUAGGCUCCACCGCCACAUCGCAGUCUCCAUUCCCACGCAUAAGACUGGACCCCCACUUUCGCAUCUCGUCUCGCUUUUUGGGCAAUUCGCCAGUCCGGAUGCGGCCUGUGUUUAUAUUAUUAAUGAUUCAUUCAAUUAGCUCCCAUUCAGACUUCAUUAUUUUCGGACACACUCGAGAUCGAGCCACCGCCUGUGCCUUAUGAAUUUUGCUCCGCAUCCGUCGUUCUAUGUAAAUCACAUUUAUAUGCUUAAGUAAAUAACGUCCUCUGAUAAAGUUUAA